AUGGGCAGAAAAUUGAUAUAUCUCUUCUUCCCCUUCCUCAUCCUCUCCGCGCUCACACCCACGGCCCUCGCAUCACCUAUCCAGCCAGAGACCAAUCCUCUACCUCUCGUGGUAUGGCACGGCUUGGGAGACAGCUAUGAAAAUGAGGGGAUGAAAAGUAUUGCACAGCUUGCGGAAGAAGUUAACCCAGGCACAUACGUAUAUUUGAUCCGGUUCGGCGAAUCCGGCACUCAGGAUCGGGAUGCCACUUUCUUCGGCAACGUCACGGCUCAAGUCGAAGAUGCAUGCCAGCAACUCGCAUCAGACCCUAUCAUAAGCAGUGCUCCUGCUAUAAAUGCGCUUGGCUUCUCACAAGGCGGCCAGUUCCUGCGAGCAUAUGCCCAGCGAUGUAACAAUCCUCCGGUUCACAACCUGGUCACCUUUGGCAGCCAACACAAUGGUAUAGCAAGCUUUACGAUGUGUAAAGAUUCCGGUGACUGGCUAUGCUGGAGCGUCAAUGCCUUGCUACGGUUUGGAACCUGGUCUGGUAUUGCGCAGUCCGGGCUGGUACCUGCGCAAUAUUUCCGUGACCCAGAGGAGAUGGGCGAUUAUCUCGAAUAUAGCAAUUUCCUUGCCGACAUCAACAACGAGCGGGUAACGAAGAACGAGAAGUAUAAGGAAAACCUAAAGAAGCUAAAUAAGUUUGUGAUGUAUAUGUUUAAGGAGGAUACUACCGUUGUUCCAAAGGAGAGUGCUCACUUCAUGGAGGUCAACGCUACAUCGGGUGAACACACUAAACUCCAGGACCGGCCGAUUUAUAAGGAAGACUGGCUUGGGUUGAAGGUCUUAGACGAGCAAGCUCGACUGGAAUUCCUGACUAUACCAGGUCGCCACAUGCAGCUCAGUGGCGCUCUUCUGAAAAAUACCUUCCGCAGUUAUUUUGGCCCUUUGCAGUCUGGAGAAACAGAAAAGACACCCGAGGCCAGUUUCCAAGUUCAGGAGUCGUAA